CGAAGAGAAAAGAAGACGUUGACUUAUGCAGGAAGAUGGACGUAGAAUCUGUGUGCUCAUUGAGUAAAAUUUCAUUGUAAUAAAAUAUCUCUUUAAACGUACAAUACAUGAGCCGGAUGAUUCGAUAGCGCCUUGAGUGGCUACCUGGUGGCCUUCCUCUCACGAUCCCUUGCCAUAACUUGUCUCAACAUGCACGACCGUCUGUUCGUCCCUACCACCAUCCCUGAUCCUAUGUCAUUCUUACUGAAUAUGCUCCCCACCAGUAAGCCACGUCAUACCCACAUAAUUGCUACUUGGCGUAGACGACGGCCUGUAAUGUGCUCGAUUCUUAUCGAAUUAGAACACUUACAACAUCGUCUUGACCUCCCACCACAGCCAACAAUUUACAGAUUGGUUGUUAUCAUAGCUGUUAAUUAUUCAACUGUUACCUUCUCCCUCUUCCUUUUCCUUUCCUUUUUACCUUUUGUCUCUUAA